AUGAGGUCGAAGACCGUGCCCGAGGACUCGCUGGAGCCAACAUGCCAUUUUGAGUUCUUCGACUGUCUCCUUGCGAGAAGUGAUGAGAAAGAGUUGGAGAAACAGCCACUUCCAUCUGGCGUGGAGCGAGAAAUGCGCAUCAUGUAUCAACAACCUCACCUGGUCCCGCCCAUGAAGCUCACCGUAUUUGAUGGGCUCCCUCCAACUCCCACACCUCCGCUCCCUUCACAAUUGUCGCAAUGGGUUUCCCAAGGCAAAGCCUCCCUCAGAUCAAGCCUUUCAAUGCGGAGACAUGCUUCGAAACCCAUAAUAUCUGGUCCUCAGCCACCAUUGCCUCUGGCGCAACAGCUUCCCCUCCGGCGAGCGGCACAGGAGUUCCGUCCGCUCGAGCUCAGCAUCUACAUGCCUAAUAACCGCCUGUCAGACCUACCAGCUUUUGAUCGGCUGAGUUUCACAGAGGGCGGUGAUAUCAAGCUCCCGCCGCGAGCAUUGGUGCGAACAAAGUCAGAAGAGUUCCUUCCACACAAGGUUUCUCUACUGCCUGCUCCUGUAAAGCCUGCCUCUAUGAUUGAACAACGCCGCAUGUCCCAUGCACGACCUGACACCUCGUCGACUGUCAUAUCGAUGUCUCGACCGCCUUCCGAGUACGAUGCUCUCCACUCCCAUCCUGUUUCGUGGUCAUCUUUCCCCGGCCUGCCUCCACAAAUCCACUUCCCUGGUGCUGGUGUCCGCUCAGAAGCAUCUGUGGCCAUCCUGACGCCAAUGCAAGAGGAGUUUAGCCCUCCGGCGACCUCGGUCACUAUCGGUGAUACUGUGCUCGACUUCCCCCGCGUCGUCGAGACUCCAGCAGAGCAACAAGACCAAGUGCCUCCCGAAGCUCCAGCACCACCGCCAAUUGUGCCUUCCGCACCAGCCAGGAACUUCUCCAAACCAGCCGAUAUGAACUCGCCUUCAGGCUACUUCCAUCCCAACUAUCAGACACAAAAGCGAAUUUCUCAGUGGCUCGCACACCGCAGUCAUUCUUCCUCCAUCAGCACCACUAAAUCAUCGUCCACGUCGUCCUCGUUCGCAGAGCAUCGCCGCAAGCGAACUCAAUUCUAUCAGCUCUCUGCGCCAGCCGCAGCACCACCCAAACCGUUGAAUCUCUGGCCGCGGCAACAUCACAGGACCAUGACGGAGUCCACCAUCGCCAGCACCAUCGACACUGACAUUCUCUCCUAUGGCAACCAAAGUCUGACAGACGCAACAAGUGUCACCACCACGACAGCUGGCGAAUGGCAAAGUCGAAGCGGCAUGGUUAAGAGUGUCUCCAAGGGAGGCGGGACUUUGAGACCCAUUGUCAGCGGUGUCCCUGAUGUACCACCAUGCUACGCAGAGAUCAUCAAGGACGCUGACGAUUUCAUCAUCAAAGAAAUUGGUGGACCCUUGAGAAGUCCGGGGGUGGGAGUUGCUUUCUGA